AUGGACAGCUCCCAGGAGUUCAUCGCCCACCUGGGUGAGACCCCCGAGCCUGGGGGACCCCCAAAGCCCCCGGGGUACCCUCAGACCCCCCAACCCGUGGAUCCCCCGAUCCCCCCAAACGCCUCUGUGACCCCCCAGCCCUCGGGGGACAUCCGGGCCCAGAGUUCAUCGCCCACGGUCCCUCGGUGGGACAUCGCCCAGGAGUUCAUCGCCCACCUGGAGGCCGUGGUGAGCAGCGGGAGGGUGGAGAAAUCCCCCCACGAGCAGGAGAUCAAGUUCUUCGCCAAGAUCCUGCUGCCCCUCAUCAACCAGUACUUCCACAACCACUGCCUGUACUUCCUGUCCACCCCGGCCCAGGUGCUGGGCAGCGGCGGCCACGCCUCCAACAAGGAGAAGGAGAUGAUCACCAGCCUCUUCUGCAAACUGGCCGCGCUGGUCCGGCACCGCAUCUCGCUCUUCGGCACGGACGCCCCGGCCGUGGUGAACUGUCUGCUCAUCCUGGCCCGCUCCCUGGACGCCAGGACGGUGAUGAAGUCUGGCCCCGAGAUCGUCAAGGCCGGGCUCCGCUCGUUCUUCGAGUCGGCGGCCGAGGACAUGGAGAAGUUGGGGGAGCAGCUGCGCCUGGGCCGCGGGACCCCCACGCGGGCGCCCACCAAGGGCGUGGCCCAGGUCACCUACACCUCGGUGGCCCUGCUGCCCGUCCUCACCGCCCUCUUCGAGCACCUGGCACAGCACCAGUUCGGGGACGACGUCAUCCUGGACGAUGUCCAGGUGUCCUGUUACCGCAUCCUGUGCAGCAUCUACAGCCUGGGCACCGCCCGCGGGCCUCACUCUGGAGACGGCCAGGGGGGUGGCUCGGAGCAGGAGCGCUCCAAGAAGCGCCGCCGGGGCGACCGGUACUCGGUGCACACGUCGCUCAUCGUGGCCACGCUCAAGAAGAUGUUGCCCAUCGGGCUCAACAUGUGCUCCCCCGCUGACCAGGAGCUCAUCACGCUGGCCAAGGGCCGAUACGCCCUGAAGGACACGGACGAGGAGGGUCGGGAGGUCCUGCACAACAACCUGCACCUGCAGGGCAAGGUGGAGAACACGGGCUCAGCCCGCUGGCAGAUGGCCCUGGUGCGCCAGGCCGGGCGGGACGAGGACCCCGACACCCCCGAGCAGGUCGUGAGGAGGGUGCAGGAGGUGUCGGCCGUGCUCUACCACCUCGAGCAGACAGAGCACCCCUACAAGUCCAAGAAGGCCGUGUGGCACAAGCUCCUGUCCAAGCAGCGCCGCCGCGCCAUCGUCGCCUGCUUCCGCAUGACCCCCCUCUACAACCUGCCCAGGCACCGGGCGUGUAACAUGUUCCUGGAGUCGUACCGGCUCUCGUGGCUGGGCCGGGAGCAGCCGCCCUUCGAGGACCGGAUGAUCGACGACCUCUCGAAGUCGGGCCGGGAGGAGGAGGAGGAGGAGGAAGAGGCCGAGGCGCGGCCGGACCCGCUGCACCAGCUCAUCCUGCACUUCAGCAGGACGGCCCUGACCGAGCAGAGUCACCUGGAGCAGGAUCACCUGUACAUGGCCUACGCCGACAUCAUGGCCAAGAGCUGCCACGUGGGGGAAGAGGAGGAGGAAGAGAAGGAGGAAGAGGAGAAGGAAGAGGAAGCAGCCGAGGACUCGUUCGAG